AAACAUUCAAACGAAACGAUUUUCGCGGCAACUGCAGGAUUCGGAUUUAAUGCGUAUUUUGCUCCAGAGUCAACAACAAUUGCUGGCAAUUUGUUUUUGUCGGCAACCCUAAGAAGGCGACCGUUCCGCACUUUCAGGACACACGCACGCACACAUAAAUCGAUGCGAAAUUCCAGUGAAAUCGAAAAAUCGAAAGUAAAGUCCUUUAAAUGUCAAGGGCAACAAAUGAAGAGCACGGGCCAUAACAAACGGAACGUACGAAAAGAAGCGCGAGAAGGAAAGGAAAAGGAAAAGGAAAAGAGAGCAACAAUUAAUUAAAUUCAUUUCGAAAGAGUAAGCAACGUCAGACAUGUCCCAUCCGGCUCAUGAAAGGCCGCCCAACAAUGCCUCCGCCCAAGCCACAUCCUACUCAUCCUCGUCGUCGUCGUCGUCGACGUCCUCUUCGCCCGUUUUCCUGACAGUGCCGCCCGCAGGCACAGCCACCGCCUCAUCCUCAGGAUCAGGAUCAUUUGGAUCAGCGACGCACAAGGAUAAAGUUGGUCUACCUCCCGUUUACCUAACCCUCAAUGAUCAUGCGAGCAAGCUGGAGCAGAUGCACUCAUCCUCCGGAAUCGGGUCCGGAUUAGGAUCCUGGGAUGAGCACCGCACCGCCGAUGUCUGGCUCUCUUCACUGCACAGCGUCAUCUUCAUCAUUACGUGCGCCCUGGCCGUGUUCAUACUCUUUCGCAACGUUCUCACCUGGCAUCUGCAGAGCUUUUGGGGCGCCUCCGGUGACUUUUGGCAAUCGCAGUGGGACAAAUUCAUCGAUUCGUUUGGAGAUGAACCCAUGGUCCUCUGGGUCUUUGGCACCACUAUAUUUACGAUGAUCGUCUACUGGACUGUUGGCACAAUCUACACAUUCAUGGACCUGACGAACCGGCCGGCCUGUCUGCGGAAAUACAAGAUCCAGCCGGGGACCAAUGAGCCCGUUGAGGCGCGACGUCUGAUGAAGGUAAUUUGGUGUGUGAUCUUCAAUCAGAUAUUUGUGGGCAUACCACUGGCAUAUGGGAGCUAUCGGCUGAUGGAGAUCCGUGGGUUAAGUGACAUCCGGGACCUUCCCACGUUCCACUGGGUCUGCUUCGAGCUGACCGUCUGCAUACUGAUGGAGGAGCUGGGAUUCUACUACUCGCACCGCCUGCUGCACCACAAGUUCAUCUACAAGUACAUCCACAAGCAGCACCACGAGUGGACGGCCCCCAUCUCGGUGACGGCCAUCUAUUGCCAUCCCGUCGAGCACAUCUUCAGCAACCUGCUGCCCCCCUUCCUGGGCGUAUUUCUCAUGGGCAGCCACGUGGCCACCGCCUGGCUCUGGUUCGCCCUGGCCAUUCUGUCCACUCUCAAUGCCCAUUCCGGCUACCAUUUGCCCUUCUUCCCCAGCCCCGAGGCCCACGAUUUUCACCAUCUCAAAUUCAGCAACUGCUUUGGGGUUCUGGGAGUGCUUGACCGCCUGCAUGGCACCGACUCCCUGUUCCGGGCCACCAAAUCCUACGCUCGCCACAUUAUGAUGCUCAGCUUCAAGCCGCCGCGUGACGCCUUUCCCGACUCCACCAUGAAAUGAAUAGGAGGAAGGCCAGUCACAGCCACAGACACAGAGACACGCGUUUCUGCAUCCAUCAGCAUUCCUCUACACAAAAACAAUUUCUGUGUAUACAAAUCUCAUUGUGAUAUAAGCAGACAGAUGCCCUGAUCUGAUCCUAUAUUUUGUACACACUUGUACACACGUACACAUCUGCACACACGUCAUGUUCUCAUUAUGAACCCUCGUCCAACCUUAGCACCACCUUCACUCGCUCGUCACACGAAGGCGACCACCACCCACCACCACGACCCAUUCAGAUGUUAAUCGAAAUAUAUAUGAACCCUAAAUGUAAAUGUAA